AGUCUAGAAAAUGAAGCUAAAAGAAAUUGAGCGAACAGCUGUCCAGGCAUGGAGCCCAGCAAACAACCACCCCAUUUAUUUAGCAACAGGAACAUCUGCCCAACAACUGGAUGCGUCCUUCAGUACAAAUGCCACUUUGGAAAUCUUUGAGGUUGACUUCAGGGAUCCCUCCCUGGACAUGAAGCAGAAAGGAACACUGACUGCCUCAAACAGGUUUCAUAAGCUGAUCUGGGGUAACUUUGGAAAUGGGUCCUCAGAGUCCUCUGGAGUGAUCAUUGGUGGAGGGGAUAAUGGAGUACUGACCAUGUACAGUGUGCACAACAUUUUGGCUUCCAAGAGUGAGCCUAUAAUUGGGCAGACAGAGAAGCAUUCAGGUCCUGUUCGAGCUCUUGACUUCAACCCUUUCCAGAGUAACCUCUUGGCUUCUGGAGCCAAUGAUUCUGAAAUUUUCAUCUGGGACUUGAAUAACUUCAGUGUGCCUAUGACUCCAGGGGCUAAAUCACAGCCUCAUGAAGACAUAAGCGCAGUGGCCUGGAAUCGGCAGGUGCAGCAUAUCCUGUCCUCCGCUCACCCCAGCGGCAAGGCUGUGGUUUGGGACCUCAGGAAGAAUGAGCCUAUCAUCAAAGUCAGUGACCACAGCAACAGGAUGCAUUGCUCAGGAAUGGCCUGGCAUCCAGAAGUUGCAACCCAACUGGUCCUUUCCUCUGAGUGUGACCGCUUGCCAGUGAUCCAAAUAUGGGACUUACGUUUCGCUACCUCUCCUUUGAGCCAGCUGGAAAGGCACACUAGGGGAAUUCUCUCUGUCUCUUGGUGCCAGGCUGACCCUGAACUGCUGUUGAGUAGUGCCAAAGACAAUCGGAUCUUGUGCUGGAACCCAAGUGCGGGGGAGGUUGUUUAUGAGUUGCCCAUACGGAGUCAGUGGUGCUUUGAUGUCCAGUGGUGUCCAAGGAAUCCUUCAGUCUUCUCUGCUGCCACUUUUGAUGGGUGGAUCAACAUUUAUUCUGUUAUGGGUGGGAACAUAGAAGCUCAGCAGAAGACACAGGCUGACAAGAUUUCUUCCUCCUUCAACAACCUGGAUCCCUUUGGUACAGGACAAGUGCUUCCACCUCUGCAGGUGCCAGAGCAAGUAGCUCAGACCACCUUGAUUCCACCAUUAAAAAAGCCACCCAAGUGGAUUCGCAGACCUGUGGGAGUUUCAUUUGCAUUUGGAGGAAAACUUAUUUCCUUUGGUUUCACCAAAGCCCCUGGACAGCAAAUGCAGCAGGCUCACCCGCACCAGGUAUUCAUCAGUCAAGUCACUACUGAAACUGAAUUCCUGCUCCGAUCCAGAGAACUGCAGAUGGCCUUGCAAUCAGAGAACCUUCGUGAUUACUGCCAGGGCAAGAUCCAGACAGCCAAGUCUCCAUUUGAUGAGAACCUUUGGAACUUCCUGAAGGUGAAUCUGGAGCAGGAGUCCAGGACUAAACUCCUCAGGCUGCUGGGCUAUAGUAAAGAGGAUCUACAAAAAAAGAUCUCUUCGUGCUUGAGUAAUGGGAUCCCAGAUAAACAGCCCCUUCCUGAGGCAGAUGAGACAAAUGCUGAACAGCCAGAUCAGCUUUUGAUAAAUUCCAGUGAUGGCAUAGCUGCUGUUUCCUCCUCUUCAGCCUUUUUUGACAACCUCAUCCCACAGAAUAUGAGCACAUUGGAGAUUCCUGUCACAGAAGAUACAGAUGGACUCAUCAGCCAAGCCCUUUUGUUGGGGAACUUUGAGGGUGCAGUGGAGCUGUGCAUGAGGGCAGAGCGUUUUGCUGAUGCCAUAAUCUUAGCUAUAGCUGGAGGGGAGAACCUCCUGAAGGAGACCCAGAAACGCUACUUUGCCAAGCGUAAGACAAAGCUCUCCCUGCUGCUUUCCUCCAUUGUGCAGCAGAACUGGCAAGAUAUUGUUUGCACAUGUGAUCUACAGAGCUGGAAGGAGGCACUGGCCAUCUUGUUAACAUACUCAACGCACGAGGACUAUACCCAGCUCUGUGACAUGCUGGGUGCUCGCCUAGAGUCAGAGGGAGAUGCAUCCCUGUGCAAUGAUGCCUGCCUCUGCUAUAUCUCAUCAGGCAAUGUGGAGAGGUUGGUGGAAUGCUGGGUAAAAAACCAUGAGACUUCGUCACCCCUUGCCCUGCAGGAUCUCAUAGAGAAGGUGAUGGUGCUGAGUAAGUCCAUCGAGAUGCUUCGAGGCACAGCAGGACCAGCUCCAGGCCCUGUCUUGGCAGAACGAAUCACCCAAUAUGCCAGUCUCCUGGCAUCGCAGGGAUGCUUGGCAGCUGCAAUGAAUUACCUGCCCAGCAGCUCUAAAGAGCUCCUGAUUGAACAGCUCCGAGACCGGCUUUUCCAUGCUCAAGGAGAGAAUGUGGGUGAUCAGCAGCCACCCCCUUUUCCCUUCCCACAAGUAGUCAUUAGAGGAGACACUAGAGUUACAAGUCCCAACUAUCAGUCAUCAUUUGCCCCCUCAGCACCUUCUCAGCCUUCAGUGCCUUCCCUCUUCACGCCUCAGCCAGUGCCAGCGGUAUCUAUGACACCUCACCACGUUGCCCCUCCCCAGGCCAGCAUGGGUCCACAAACAGGGCCCCCAUACCCACAGUACAACUUGGGCUUGGCUCCAGCAACUGUUUCAGGGCCAGCUGUGUGUCAGUCUCAGCCAUUUGGACCAGCAGGAGUCAGAUCGGUUGGACCUGCUCCCUUCCCCAGCCAACCUUCUCUGCCAGGACAGUCCAUGCCCAUGGCAUCUCCUGGUGUUUCACCACCCAGAUCUGCCCACUUCACUACAGCCUCAGUCCCAUCACCUCAGCUUCCUGCAGCUUGUCCUCUCCCUGUGGCAAGCCAGUCUUCUCUAGGUUUCUCUUCAGCAUAUUUCAGCCCAAUGAACAUGGGUUAUCCUCAGGGAGGUCCUGGAGCUCCAUCUACUCAACCUGUGCCAGCAGCCAGUGUUCCUCCUCCUCCCACAGGUUUCUUCCCUUGGCUAGAUCCCCACGUGGAUCAUUCAGCUCAGGAACCUUGGACUGAUCCUUCCACUGUGAGAGGAGGCCUUCAAAAGAAAAAGUUACCUGAGAAAUUUACUCCUCCAGCCCCCAUCACAGCUCCAGUAAUGAGCCUGCCUCCUGAGCCCCAAGGGAUUCAUCCUCAGCUGUCCAGGUUGCAGGAAUCUGGCCAGUCACCCCCAGGAGCACCCAAGGAAGGCAGCCUGCAGUAUCAGCAGCUACCUGUGGAGAGGGUUGAGAGGAAGGAGGUGCCUCCUGAGCACCAGGCUCUGAAGACCACAUUUGAAGGGUUGGUGCAGCGCUGCUCUGCUGUUGCCACUGAUCCAAAAACCCGGAGGAAGCUGGAGGAUGCGUUGCAGCGGCUGGACUGUUUGUAUGAGAAGCUCCGUGAGCAGGCGCUCUCUCCAACCAUCCUCAUGGGUCUUCAUGAAAUUGCCCGCUGCAUUGAAGCUAGGAACUACCAACAGGGUCUCCUGGUUCACACCCAAGUGGUGAGCAGCAGCAGUUUCAGUGAGGUGUCUGGUUUCAUGCCCAUCCUGAAAGUCCUCAUGACCAUUGCUGGCAAGCUGAAUGUGUGAAGUGUGGAGCAACUGGAACAGAGCACACUGAGAGCUGGUGGACCUCUUCACCUGUUGAUGUGCUGCAGGUUAUGGACUCUCCUUCUGACUCUGGAGAAAUAAGUCUGUGCCAGUGCCUGGAACUGUGCUGGGCCACUGUGCCUGGCCUCAUCCACUCUCCAGACAGACAACUGGGGCUUGGGACUCCUGGAGACUGUUCUUUCUCUUCUUUCUCACUAGUCUGAGGCCACUUCCCAGACCAGGAAUCUUAGUUUCAGGCUGUCCAGGUUGCCCAGAGCUUCUCUUCUUCCCUGUUUUCCUUGGCACAAAUGGGAAAUUCCUUCCCACCCAGGCUGACCUUGCUUUCUUGUUUUAGGGGACAAACAGGGCUGGCACCUGCAGC